ACAAGCCUGCUCCCGCCUGGCCUCUGGGUCGGGGCGGGUCAUGGCUGGGCGGACCCUGGCGCUGCGCUACGGCCCCCCAUGGUCCCCCGUCUCCAGAACUGAGGUGCCUGGGUCCCGGCCCAGCUGGCAUCUCACCAGCAGCGGCGUUGCGCACCACCACAUCCCCUCCCUGCCCUUCCCCCCGCCCAGCGUGCAGUGCACAGUCGCGGGGCCCCUGCCCCCAGCCGCGAAGCAGGACUGGCCCAUCGGGGCUUUCGACGAAGUCUUUAACAUAUGGGAGACAACCACGGGCUCGGCGCACGUGCGCAAGACUCACGGUGGGCCCUUGGCGCAGCCCCGGGCCCCGCAGCCCGCGGACCCCACGCGCACCUUGGGGAUCAAGUCUUUAGGAGAAAAGCUCAGACACUGCAGCUGGCACCUGUUGGGGACCGCCGAGAUCCAGAGCGAGACGAAAGCGAAGUACCCGGGCUGGCUCCCCGCGCCGCUGCGCGCCCCCUCGCCUGGCGUGCCGCAGCCCCUGGAGCUCGCCGACCACCUCCGGGGGGGCCCUUCGCAGGCCCUCAUCCCCUGGACCAGGAACACGGAGCUGGCUGGCCAGCCCUUCACGGUGUCUGACCAGGGCGUCCUGAACCGACACCAGCCCUACCUGACCACUACCGCGCGGGACUUCCGCUGCUACACAAAGAAGGAGCUGUCCGGAUACCCCCGCAAGGACUCGCUGACCUACUGGAACUUCGAGCAAACGCCCCGGGUCUGGGCCCACGGCCCGCAGCAGGCACCAUGUCCGCCUUUCCCUCAGCCCUCGCGGGUCCGCGUGCCCCACGCCGGCCCCGCGCCACCGGCUGUGCCGCACCGCGGGGCCCUGCCCCUGGCUCGGGAGUCCUUCUGCCCCCCGCCGCACCCACUGCGCCGGCUCGACCUUUCCUGUCCUCUGGAGGCGCCUUGGGGAGGUCCCCACUGGAGGCCCCUGCCGGGCAUCUACAGCACGCCCAAAGCCUACAGCACCGAGAGCUCCCGCUAUGGCAGCGGGAAGCCGGAGCUCGUGUGA